AUGCCAUUUCUCAAUGGGUCCGAAUCAACCACCAAGAAGCCUGACUUCGAGAAGCUCGUGGAGGACCUUAGCUCUGCAUUGGGUCCAAGCUCGGGUCUCGAUUCUAACGAUGUCGAUCCCAUGGAGAUACAACUAUUGAUGGAGAAUUACAUCUCGAAUUCGGAUGAAUGGGCUUCAUAUGCGCUGGGUGAUGCUAGCAGGACAUACACGAGGAAUCUCAUUGAUGAGGGGAACGGCAAGAGUAAUUUGCUUAUUCUUGUAUGGAGCCCUGGGAAAGGAAGUACAAUUCAUGACCAUGCCAACGCACACUGCGUGAUGAAGGUCCUGAAAGGAAAACUGCAAGAAGAUCUGUACUCAUGGCCCGAUCAAGAGCAGAUCGAGAAUGGCCAAAUUUCACCACCACAGCUCACCAAGCAGACAAUCUACUGCGAAAACCAGGUCACCUACAUGUCUGACAAGCUUGGUCUGCAUCGGAUAUCCAAUCCAGACCAGGACAACUUUGCCAUUUCACUCCAUCUUUACACACCACCCAAUGCCGCAACCCACGGAUUUGGCAUUUAUGAUGAACGAACUGGUAAGGCCAGGCACAUUAAGCAGACCAACUAUUACUCGUUCCGCGGUCAGCGGCUCGAUGAUGGACAGUAG